AUGUCCAACAUUCUUGACAAGCCCAUGGAAAGUCUGUUCGGCUACUGUGCCGUGCUUCCCGGUGCUUUCUCGGCAUAUAGGAACGAUGCCAACGGCAAGGGACCUCUCGCGUCCUACUUUAUGGGCGAGGACCUUCACUCCGGUAAGGCCGACUCGUUCACGGCCAACAUGUACCUUGCCGAGGACCGUGUCCUCUGCUUUGAGAUUGUUGCCAAGCCCAAUGCCAACUGGGUCCUCAAAUACGUCAAGUCAGCCGUCGGCGAGACUGACUGUCCCGACUCUGUCCCUGAGUUUAUCGGACAGCGCAGGCGUUGGCUGAACGGCUCCUUCUUCGCAGCGACGCGCCGUAUCUGGGGCUCUGGUCACUCGUUUGCUCGCCGUGUCUCGCUCAUGAUUGAGUUCUUCUACAACUUCCUCAACUUGCUCUUCGGCUGGUUCUCCCUCGCCAACUUUUACAUCUUCUUUGUCAUUCUCACCAACUCGCUCUCCGAUAUCAAGGGUCUCUCCGUCGUCAACUCGAUUCUACAGUACAUUUACUUGGGUACCGUCGUUGCAUGUUUCAUCUUCGGCAUGGGUAACCGUCCUCAAGGUGCCCCAUGGAAGUACAAGAUUGCAAUCUGCAUCUUUGCUGCUCUCACGCUAUACAUGUUGAUCUGCGGUGUGGUGUGUACGGUCAAGGCGAUCAACCAAAUCGGCCAGCCCGUCUUCGCGCGUAUGGUCGUGUCGCUAUGUGCCACAUACGGUAUCUUUGUGAUCUCGUCCCUCUUCGCCCUCGACCCGUGGCAUAUUGUCACCUGCUUCCUUCAGUACCUCCUGUUCAGCCCUACCUACAUCAACGUCCUCCAGAUCUACGCCUACUCGAACCUCCAUGACCUGUCGUGGGGUACCAAGGGAGACACGGCCACGGCCUCGGAUCUCGGUGAGAUCAAGGGUGUCGGCAAGAACGUCGAGGCCGAGCUCGUUUCGGCUCAGCAGGACAUCGACUCGUUCUACCAGGACGCGCUGGACAACAUCCGUAUCAAGCGUGCCCGUGUGGAUUCGGACGAAAUGCCCGUCAAGCCUGAGAGCCAGGAGCAAAAGCAGAAGGACAACUACGCAAACUUCCGUACCAACCUCCUGCUUCUCUGGUCACUCUCCAACGCUCUCCUUGCCGGAUUGAUCCUGGCCGGUAGCGAUACGUCGUCCACGUUCACCAACGGUAGCUCGCGCACAUCCAUCUACAUGAUGGUUAUCCUCAUCUUCGUCGCUGGCAUGGCAGCGUUCCGCUUCCUGUGUGCUACGGCCUACCUUAUUCUUCGCUUGUUCCAGGUAUAG